ACAGAGAAAAAAGAUCUAACUCCAGUGCCAACUGACAAGGAAAAGAAAAAUUGUGUUAUUUAUUUAUGUACAACAAUGUGUAAUGAGUCAGAAGAGGAAAUGACCCAACUACUUCUUUCUUUGAAAAAUGUCAUUGAUGGUAGAGACAGAGGAUCGCCAUUGUUCCACUCUCACAUAUGGCUAGAUGGUGCUUUUGACACCAAGACGAAACCAGAAAGUAAUACACUCAGUAGAAACGCACUUCAGUUACUGGGCAUAGUAAAAUCUGUGUUUGAUGUCAGUUUAGGGAAUGAACCACCUGGUACAGUAUCCUACCGUUUUGAGACGAAGAAAACAAGGUACGGUCGCCGCUUUACGUGGACAUUUUAUGAUCUCAAUGAGGAACUGGAAGAUGUGGAUCUAAAUGUGCAUCUCAAGGACAACAGAAAGGUUAAGAAGAAGAAACGUUGGAGCCAGAUUAUGUACUUAUCGUACAUCAUUGAUUUUCUCUGUGUAAAAUCAGCAAAAAGAACUGGUUUAGAUGUGGAUGAAAUUUUGAAGGAUACUUUUAUCUUGACGACCGACGCUGAUGUGAAGUUUGAAUUUGCAUCGGUAGAGGCUCUCCUUGAUGUUUUCCUGCGAGACGAAACCAAGCAGCUUGGAGCCGUUUGUGCCCGAACCCACCCGCUGGGUUCUGUAGCCAACCCUUUAGUAUCAUACCAGAUUUUUGACUACGCUAUUGGCCACUGGUUGCAAAAGGUUGCCAACCACACUCUGGGAAGCGUGCUGUGUGCCCCCGGCUGCUUUAGCAUGUACCGAACGGCCAUUUUGAAAAACGUCCUACCAGAGUACGGAAGUGACACUAGCUGUGGCACGGAGUUCCUUUACAAAGACAUGGGAGAGGACAGAUGGCUCUGCACUCUGAUGACGCGUUGUCUAUUGCGCCAAGAGGCCGUGAUACUUACAAUUUUCAAAAAAUGA